AUGAAUAGGAUGCUUUUCUCGGUGUUCGUCGCAAGUUGGCAGUAAUGGACCGGUCGCAUGCUGAUGUCGGCUAUUUUAUGAAAUCUCCACUUUCCAAAAUACCAGAAAUACGGGGAAAAUAUGGCAACUCAGAGGCGCAGUCAACCACAAUCACCCCGUCUUCUAAUUGAGACAACAGCGACCAUCUUUUGAACAUGGAAUUAAGGAUGCAAGAGAAUAAACGGAGAGCAAAGCUUUUGAGAGAGAAAGAGAACGUUCGUAUCCUCACAUUGCAUUUCAGCAACAGAUUGACAUUGCAUUGCCAACAGGCAUACAUAAUUGGUGUAGCCUACAUUGGUGAAUGAUCUUUUAGUUAUAGUGAAUUAGAACGUUCUGCUUUACAAACGGUCUGACAGGUAAACAUCCACAUACGUCCAUUUUUUUCAUGUCAUCGUCUCAUUGAAUAGGAGAGAAAAAUGAGUGAACAGAGUAUCUGUCAAGCCCGCGCCUCGGUCAUGGUGUACGAUGACGCCAGUAAGAAGUGGGUGCCAAUCAAGCCGGGACAGCAGGGCUUCAGCCGCAUCAACAUCUACCACAACACGGCCAACAACACCUUCCGCGUGGUUGGGGUCAAACUACAGGACCAGCAGGUAGUGAUCAACUACUCCAUAGUAAAGGGGCUGAAGUAUAAUCAGGCCACACCCACCUUCCACCAGUGGCGUGAUGCCAGGCAGGUGUACGGUCUCAACUUCGCCAGCAAGGAGGAGGCCACCACCUUCUCCACCGCCAUGAUGUUUGCCCUCAAUGUGCUCAGCUCGCAAGACGGAGGCCCUGCUGUCCAACGUAAAAAUGGGCCCUCCUCAGAAGACCCCGAUGCACACAGGAGGCAAAUGAUGGAGCAGCAUCAGAUGCAGAUGCAGGGAGUGGCCCACAAAGAGAGGGAACGACGGACCUCUGGCUCAGUUGUUUCCACCCUCCAAUAUAAGGUGUCCUCCCCUCCCUCUCACCCGUCAAACACCCCUCCUGAGUACAGACACUACCGGGCCGCCACACUGCCGCCUUCCUACGCCAGAGUGGCCUCCAACUCCUCCCCCUCCUCCUCCUCCUCUUCCUCCUCCUCCCAGGAAAGAGAGGUGCUGGGCGGACGGGCUGGCGACAACUCCGCCCAGCUCUCCCAGCUCUCCACCUCCCUGGCCUCGGCCUUCUCACCCGUGCAGCCAGGGGUGCCCAUGGCCCCGACCCGGCAGGUGCGCCAGAUCCCCCUCUCUCCCCCCACUGCUCGGACCCUCCACCACACCCAGUCCCUCCACCAGGGUCAUGCCCUGCAAGACCCUGUGCUGCCCCCCAAACAUGGCACCUGGUCAGCCUCCCACAUGUAUGGCCCCGUGCCCUCCACGCCCCCCUUGGUGGGCAUGAUGCCUGUGCACAUGCCCCCCGUGCCCCAGCCCCAGCAUGUCGUCCCCGUGGCCCACCCUCUGCCGCCCCUCCACAGCCGCGUCAAGACCCACCCCCUGGACCAGCCUGACCAACCCCACAUCCCGUCCCACCUCCCCCACGCAAACGGCCAAUCAGAGGACUAUUAUAACCUUGCUCAGCAGCAACAGCAGCAACAGCAGCAGCUAGGUUACGGCGAGGCUUCUUCCUUACCCCCUCUGAUUGGUCUGUCUGCCCAGGGCCCUGUCCCUGUCUCUGCCCACCAGCCCCGGUACCCGUCCUCCUUUCACCCCCAGCAGCAGAUGUACCAGGCCACGCCCCCACCACCACCAGCACCCCAAUUCUCUCCCCCCUCAUACACCACAGCCCAAUCAGAGGGGGGCUCGCCCAAGCAGACACCCUCUCCUGUCGCUCAGGCUGCCACGGCCAGCUGCAGUCCGGUUUCUCUUCCCUCAUUGCUGGCUUUGGCCCCACCAAUGGCCCCACCUAUGCCUAUGCCCCCCCCUGCAACUAUGGCAUCCAUGGCCCCACCUCCUCCACCAGGCCCCCCGCCUCCGGCCACGGUGCCACCACCCAUGCCCCCUCCACUGCCGGUUGAUGGAGGACCACCGGUAGGGGAGGCAGGGAAUGAGCUGGCGCAGCCACUCUCAGGACUGGCGGCUGCCCUCGCUGGAGCCAAACUCCGUAAAGUUGCAAGGGAUGAGAACAGUCCACCAGGAACAGGUGGAGCCAAGAACGAUGCCAACCGCUUGAGUGGAGGUAGUGGUGCUGGAGGGGAGGGGCUGAUGCAGGAAAUGAACGCCCUUCUAGCACGCAGACGGAAAGCCUCAGAGAGACCUGAAGAGGAGGAUCCCAAGCCAGGACAGAACUCUACAGGUGCUGGGAAGAAUCCAUGGGACCGAGUAAACUCUGUAGACAACUCUUCACUGGUAUUAAGGGUGCGACCAGUGGGCAGUACUAGUGAAGGAGACAUAGACUUUGACAGGAUGAAGCAGGAAAUCUUGGAGGAAGUUGUACGUGAAUUGCAGAAGGUGAAAGAUGAGAUCAUUAAUGCCAUUAGACAAGAAAUUGGUCGAAUCCAUACAUCAUAAUAUCUGGACAGUGGGACAUGCAGGAAGUAUGAAGGAUAAGAUCUGCUCGGAAGAAAUGUUCUCAACGUUUCUUUGAUGAUAUGAAACAUUGCUGUGACGCUGCAGAAAAGUUGAGCCAACAUUGUGUCUGCUGUGCAGAACAGAGGGAUGAAAAAAAGUGAGAAUGAAACGGAGAAUGAGAGAUAAAAUAAUGGUUAAAUGAAGAAAGGAUGUACGGACGGAAGGAUGCACGGACGCUUGCACCGUUUUCCGUUUUUUCCUUUCCGUGCAGUUACAGACUCAGUUCAGUUUGCAGGUUUCUGCUCUGUCUGUUCUAAGUCUUACAAAAGGAAAUAUUUUUGUUUUCUACGUUUGUACUGUUUUAUUAUUUUAAAAAACUGUGAUUAUUUUAUUAUUUGUAAUAUUAUAUAUAGAGACAGACAAAACUGUUGUUCUACAUUGGCGGGUCCUGGAGGAAACUUGCACACCAUUUACAUCAGCCUUUUAUAUUUUAUAUGAUUUACUUUAUCCUAGGGUGUUUGACCAGCACAUAUGGCACAUACUGUGCUUUAGUCACCUGACCUCGGCAGUUUUUAAAAAGCUUUUUAUUUAUUUACCAGUAACAGGGCAGUGUUCAUUAGGCACCAAACAGAAGAUAACUGACUGAACCAGGGAGGGACUACCUGGACAUGUCCAAUAAGAAACACUCAUUUUUGUUGUACGUUGCUAAAGGUUUUCAUUUGUGGAUCGUUCACAAAAAAAGUAUCCAAAACUGUAAAUUCACCAUCUAAGUUUUCCCAAUAUAGAUCAAAUUAUCCAUAGGCUAUCCCUAUGAAACCCAAAGUAACUAUACAGUAUGUGUAUAUGAUUUGUUCCUGUGUUUUACCAUGCAUGAAUCUGAUCUUUAUUAAUUUUUUAAUUGUUUUUUUUUUAAAAGUGGUAUGUUUACAAUGGUGGUUUGUUUUUGUGAAUGUCCUCCUUGCUAUUUAAGGUUGAACUUGAAUUUGAUAUGUGAAAAUAGAGCCAGUUGCUCUUGCAAAAUGAAAAUAAUACAUACAUCAGUGCAACAAUUAUUUGUGAUGAUAGGAAAAUGCUUAUUUGAGGAAAAUAUUUCAUUGAAUACCGGUUGUGACAUUAUGUUAACUUUGACUAAGUUCUGAAUAAAAUUUCAAAACUGAAAGUAAAUUAAUUUAAACAAAACAAUAGACCUGUCUACAGUA